GUGUUUAGUCAGUCAGUCGGUCUUUGGCAGUCCGCUGAAUCGGUUGGGGUUUUUUUUUCCGAUGAGUUCGAGUGCCUUCGAAAAGUCGGUUCGAGUUGUCCCCAGGGACGGGUUUUGCGCUAGUUGGUGACUAAUGUUUCAUCUUUUUUUGGCGUUUUAACUGAAAAAUACUGGAUUUGGGUGUGUGAGGUUCAAGGUCGGGACCUAAAUACCACCAAGCAUAACAAUAAGUGAACGAUAAUUAGGCUGAGGUAAAAACAAGCCGGCUUUUUAAAUUGCAGCGUGUUUGGUGACGACGAUUUAUUGCUGGAAAAACUGCAGUGAACAGUGAUUUUGUGCGCGGGUGGAAGGCGCCCCUUAUCACAAUGCAAUCGUAAAACAGUGACUGAUUACUUGAAGGAAAAAAAGGUUUCUGCCGGGGGAUUUUAUCAAGUGCUGGUGACCGCAAGCCCCGUAGUUGAAACAUUCGCGACCGCACACGGGACAGAAAAUGGCACCAGACAUUGCGGAUCCAGUCGUUCCGGUUGGCAACACUGACGGCAGCUGUCAAAGCAACAGGCAGCGCGUUCCCGCCCACGACGACAAUAAUAACCAAAUAGAGAAGGGAAGCGCCAUCGAAGCAAGCCAUGAGGACCAGUUCCGGCCGGAAAUCCGGUGGCCGGACUUUAUCGCACAGCUGUUUCUGCAUGUGGGAUUCCUGAUAGGCAUUUGGCAGGUGGUAACACUGCAGGCCAAGCUGUACACAGUGUUAUGGACUGUAGUUUUAGUUUGGUGUUCCGGGGUUGGCAUCACUGCCGGGGCUCACCGCCUCUGGUCGCACAAAUCGUACAAAGCAAAGUGGCCUCUGCGGGUGCUUUUAAUGUUCCUUUUCACCAUUUGUGGUCAGCGUGACGCCUACACGUGGGCACACGAUCACCGGGUGCACCACAAGUACUCGGAGACGGACGCCGAUCCGCACAAUGCCAAGCGGGGCUUUUUCUUUGCGCACGUGGGUUGGGUGUUUCUGACGCCCCACCCGGAGGUGGUGGCGAAGCGCAAAAUCAUCGACAUGAGUGACCUGGAGGCGGACCCGAUCGUCAUGUGGCAGAAAAAGUAUUACCUUCCUCUAUUUGCACUGCUGGUCAUUGGGCUCCCGGUGCUGGUCCCAUACUAUUACUGGUCCGAAAACCUUUGGGUGGCCUUCUGGGUGUGUUUCACGGUGCGAUUCACCACAACGCUGAAUAUCGCCUUCUUCGUUAACAGCGUCGCGCACAUGUUCGGGAACCGACCCUACGAUAAAAACAUCAGCCCGGUGGAGAACCUUCCGGUGGCCAUAGCGGCGUUGGGCGAGGGUUGGCACAACUACCACCACGUGUUUCCGUGGGACUACAAAACGGGCGAACUGGGCAGUUACAUGUUCAACGUGACGACCGGAUUUAUCGACGCGUUUGCCAAGCUGGGGUGGGCCUACGAACGGAAAUCAGUUUCACCGGAUAUUAUCGAACGAAGGGCGGCCAAGUACGGCGAUGGGACGCGCUUCCUCAGUGACGAUUGUGCCCAUCGGGAUCCGGUGUGGGGUUUUGGCGAUACUGACAUCGCCAAGGAGGACCUUGACGAAAUUCUGCGAAGGCAGGAGUGAUGGAGGAACGAGAAAAAGUGCUUUAAUAUAGUUUUAAGAAAAGUAGUAAAAUACAACAAAUAGAUUGGAGCGAAGUAUUUGGCGCAUGCUUAUGUUCAAAUGCUAUAGUUUCGUUCAGUAGAACAUUAAAAACGCUUAGACCCAGUGUUUCCUUCAGAACGUGAAGCAUGUUUUUUUUUAAAUAAUGAUGAUGAAAUAAACGACAAACGAAUAAUA